AUGGCCUGGUCCCGACGCUCGUCAGGCUCUGACCGGGAAUAUGUGUUGAUGCCAGUGCACAGCGUUGCAGGCAGCGAAUAUGGAGGACGAGGCCGCCGUGCCUAUGAUCCACCGAUUGAGGUCAACAAUUUCCUCGAGGUGCCACAAACCCGCCCUCGUGCUUCCAGCCAAGGCGCGGGCGUGGCACCUACCAUUGUCAAUAUAGGUACAAGUGCCCUCUCCGAGCGAGGCGAUCGUGACCGCGAUCACAGUCGGAGUCGAAGCCGUCAUCGCGACUACCACCACCACCGACACCGCGACGGAUCUUCCAGUUCCAGCUAUUCCAGCGACCGCUCCAGAUCACGACACCGCCGUCCCUCCAGCCACAAGCCGCCCAAGAAACAGCCAAUCGAGGAAGACGAUCUCCCUUACAAAUUCCGAAAAGAACUCGACUUCGCCCGCAUGUCACACCGAGAGGAGGAGGAAAAGCGGAUCCAGGAUCGGAUAAAGAAAGACCGCGAAGAGGAGAGGAGACGAUGGAAGCUAGAAGAGGAGGAAGAUGCCUUGCGGAAGAAGAAGGAGCGAGAGGCGAUCCUCUAUGAGGCCAAGUUGGAGGAGGAGCGGAAGAAGAGGGAGCAAGAUGAAUUGAGGAAGAAGAUUCUCCGGGAUGAAGAAGAGCGUCAGCAGAAGGAGAAGGAGAAGAAGAAGGCCGAGGAGGACGAGUUUGAGCGCAAGGUCAAGGAGAAGUUCAUGAACGCUGGCUACAGUCCAGAGUACAUUGACGAAGUGCUCCACAAGAAGAAAGCCGAGCGUGCAACCCUGGCAAUCGACCUCCACCGUCCGACCUACAUUAAAGUCAACCGCAAAUAUCUCCUUCCGGAUACACUCGAUCAUUACGGGCUACCCUGGGAAUGGGAUCCGCGCGACGAGGAAUUCAUCAUCAUCAAAAAAUACAUUGAUCACUCGCUGCAGGACGAGCUGUUCGAGCACACGCGCAAAAUUAAGGAGAGGAAGCUCAUCACGGGGCCGUACGUCAAGGAGACCAAGACGAUCACGACGCUCACGCCGAACGACCACGGCUUUGUGAAGAAGGGAGACAGAAUGUAUGUGGUUCGCGAGAAGAGCAAGAGCCGCAGCCCCUCGGCGAGGAGGACGAGCUGGAUGUUUACUUGA